CCUUCCCCUGUCAGCCACUAUUUAAAUCAUUCUUGCUUGGGUAUAUAUACCGCCAGAAUGCUUGAAUAUAGAACUCCCUCUAUCUCUCCUAGACAGCUAUCCUUCAAAUACCAUUUCCCUUAAACUCGAGAAAACAACCCACCUUUUCUAAGCUUCUCUUUUACCAAUCAAAAACCCCUCCACACCCCAACCAUGCGCCCCCAGAUUGUCGACGCGCUCAUCAUCGGCGCUGGACCUGCCGGACUCACCGCUGCCCUAGCUUUCGCCCGCACUCGUACCACAGCUCUAGUUUUUGAUUCCUCAUCCUACCGCAACGAAGGCAUCAAAUACAUGCAUACAGUUCCCUCACGCGACCACUUCGACCCAUAUGAAUUCCGGCGGAUCUCGAGGGAGCAGAUCGAGUCUCGAUACCAUACUGUCUGGUUCGAAAAAGCUACGAUCAAGUUUGCGGCGAAGAAGGUGCUAGAAGGGAACUAUGAAGGAUUUGAAGUUAAGGAUGAGAAUGGGACGACGUUUCUUGGGAGGAAGUUGAUUCUUGCGACGGGGAGUAGAGAUGUUUUUCCUGAUAUUGAGGGAUAUAUGGAGAAUUGGCCGUCUCAUAUAUACCAAUGUCUCGCAUGCGACGGCUACGAACAAUCCGGUAGCCCCAUUGGCAUCCUUGAAUUCGCGCACCCCAUGGCCUCGCACUAUGUCAGCUUAGCAAUGAACUUCGACCCACGCGUUACAAUCUUCAGCAACGGACCUAUCUCUACGAAAGCCCCGAUCCAACAUGCACUGAAGAUCGCUAAAGCCUUUGGCGCUGCUGUCGAUGAACGUAAAAUCACUCGUCUCGUUAACAACGGUCCUUCUCACCUCGAUGGUGUGACGGCCGAGUUUGAAACCGGCGAUCCGGUGACCUUGGGGUUCCUUGCACACAGACCUCCGACGGUGAACAGAGCGCAGGAUUUGGUUGAGCAGUUAGGGCUUGAGACAGUGGAUCCAGAAAUGGGCGGACAUGUUGCUAUUAAGGAUAUGAUGUUUAAUGAGACGAGUGUACGAGGGGUGUUUGCGGCGGGGGAUACAAUGGCGUUGAUGAAACAAGUCACGAUUGCCAUGGCAGAGGGAAUGAAAGCGGCGAGCGGUGCUGGGAAGCAGAUUAUGGAUGAGAGGGCGGAGGCUGUAUUGAAGAAAGUAGAGAGUUUGUAA